AUGUCCGAACACACAAAGGAACUGCACGACUCCGCAACAGAGACUCAUCUCGAGGAACCCAUGGAGGACGGCGACAACGCCUCAUCAGGAAUCCUCCUCGAAAAGGCCGAUUACGAACACUCCUCUCCUGAAGUCUCCUCCCUGAACUCAUCGACCAUUCUGGACCACCCCGAGGACGACAGUAAAGCUGAACACGGAGACAGCAAAGAAAACAGCAGCAAGCCCACGUCCACAAAGCACGCUGCUCCUGCGAUCGUCUCCAACACACCCGCCACCCGCCCCUUUGUCACUGGAGUGGUCCCUGCCAAGCCCGCCAACCCCGCUGUGCCCGUGUCUUCAUCCACGGAGCUGUCAACGGAUGUUAUCGACUUGAAUCAGGGCAUGCCCUGGAAGAUUCUGGCUCCAUUCAUCAGCCGUGAGACCGUCCUCUCGCUCGCCAAGAUGACCGCCAUCAACUUUAUCUUGCCCUUUAUCAACGGCGUGUUCCUUGGAUUUGGCGAGAUUUGUGCGCACGAGUUGGCAUAUCGCUGGGGCUGGAUUCAUUCUGCACAUGUUGCGAGUGUGCCUGGAAGACGCCCUAUUGGAAACGAGGUUGGCAUCCGUGCGGCGGGUGUUUCGGGGGCUGGUUCGGUCGGUUCGAUCUCGGGCACAGCAGGGUCGGGAUAUGCAGGCAGCCGCUCUGGCAUUGGUGGAUUGGGCCGUUUUGAGGAUGAGUUUGAGGUGUCGAACAAGACGACAUCCAGUCGUUUCUAA